CGCAGUCCCGGACACGAUCUUAGCUAGGGUUUUGCCCUUACAUUGGUCUACACUUCUACUAGUCGAGGCAAAUCAGGCUGAGAAUACAAUUGUUGCCGCAACGAAGAGAUGGGGUCGAGAGAGAAGGACCACACCACGCCACAUCUCAGUAGCCUGGUAGUGCGACCCACCGAAAGCGGUGGAGGCGGUGGGGGAGUAAAUGCUUCCGGCGGCGGCGGCGGCGGCGGCGGAGCUAACGACUACGAACCAGGUGAGGUUCGUAGCGGUCAACCUGCUUACGCUCGCUCCGAUCGUUUUCUUGAUAGCCAUGGAUAUAGAAUGCACACAAGUUCUGUUUCUCCCGUACGCCGUAGAAAUGCGGAUCACAGGUACAGUCUGGAUUUUGACCAUUCAAAGGGUCUAUCACAUAGCUGUGGAUUUGGCAGCGGGAGAGAUACUAGUAGUAGAUAUAAAGACUACUCGCCCCCCUAUAGUCGUGGAAGGGAAAGUGGCAGAUUCCAUGUUCGAGGCUAUGAUCGGCACAGUAAUGUUCCGGGGUCACUUAGAGGAGAAGUUGUGCCUAGAAAUAAUCCAAAUGUACGUCCAAGAGAAGGCGACUGGAUAUGCUCUGAUCCUUUGUGUGACAAUUUGAACUUUGCUCGGCGAGAGUACUGUAACAACUGCAAGAGACCACGUUAUGCAUCUGCUGGGAGUCCUAGGAGAGGUCACCCUCCUCCUCCUCCUCUCCCACCCAUCUCUCGGCCCCUUCAUGUCCCCUUAGCGGAUCGUUCCCCUGGAAGGCUCAUGAAUGGUGGUGGUUAUAGAUCCCCUCCGCGAGGCUGGGAGAGGGGGGAUGAUUCUAGAGACAUUAGGGCUGGGAUUCUUCCUCCUCCUCCCCCUAGGUAUGAAAGCAGCAGGUUCCAUGACCAUAAUAAUCCUCCAUUGCGUAGCAGAGACAGGCUGGAUUUCCCACAAGAUGAUUACCGGGACAGCAGGGGCAGUAGGUUUGACAGGCCGCUGCCGCUUGACUGGGGGACCCACAGAGACCGGGGGAGGGAGUCGUAUUUGGGUGAGAGGAGAGUCUACGAAAGGCGACUGCCAUCUCCACCACCACCUCCCCUGCCGCCCCGCGGCGGCAGCGGUCACUGGCAGUCUCGUGAAAUCAGAGAGAGGAGCCGCAGUCCGCUGAUGAUGAGGGACAGGGCCCCACCACCGCAGAAGGACUACCGCCGCCCUAUGUUUGUGGACAGAGGGCGAGAUGAUCGGCGCGUGGGGCGUGACGCGUAUUGAGCUCUGGGUUUUUGAUUUGUGUUGUUACGAAAGAAGAAACCUUACUUGACUUUUGUUGACGAUGCGAAUUGGUCUUAACUAUGUCCCUGAAAUACUUCCCUUGCCGG